UUUUUAAUUUAUACUAUCUAUAAAUCCAAUGUAUCAUCUAUUAUUUUAUUUUUUUGAGAAAAUGUAUCAUCUAUUGUUUAAAUCCAAUUACUGAUAGCCCAAUAUAAAUUUCUGGUAGGCCUAAAAUUUAAAUGAUAAGAUUAGACAUUAAAUAUAAUAUGAUUUUCUAGGAAUAUGUUCAUUAGGUCCAUUUUAAAAAAAAAAUCACACAUGAAUCAAAGUUGUGACUUCUGUUUUAAUAUAUAAGAUUUACAACUAUUUUUAUAAAAGUCUGUGCGGAUCUGAAAUCCACCCUGAAAAUUAUAGUACUUGUGAUGUACCUUUUUUUUAACGGAUAUUGAUUUUAUUAUUAAUUUGCUCAGAAAAAUUACAAAUAUUUAAAUUUUUAGAUUAAAUGAAAUGAAUAGCGAAUCAAAUUAAAAUUUACAGAUAAAAUGUUCACCCAAGGAUAAAUCUACUAUUACUUGGCAGUACACUAAGCGCAUUUAUCCAACCGUAACAAUGUUUUUGUUUACACAAAUAUAUCAAAGAUCCAAAUACAGUAGAUAUUCUAUAGAUUGCUACUCGAAAAAUUAAUAAACACAGUAAAUUGAAAAAAAUUCUGAUCUUAAAUUGAUCUGGUUCAAAAUAUGACACAAAUCGAUUAAAUAAUAAAAUAAGAAUUUUAAGAAAAAUUAUAUAAAUUUAUAAUCCCAUUAUAAUCAUAAAUUAAUAAUUUAUAUGGAUAUAUAAUUUAAACAAAGCAUUGGAUUAUUUGUUUUAAAUUUAUAAUAACAUUACUUUUAUAUUAUCUUAAUAUUUCAAUAUAUUUUGAUGAUAUUUACUAAAAUUAUAUCUAAAACCAGAUUUAAAUUCUAGUCAACAUAUUUUAUAUACAUCAAAUCAUAUAAUCAAGCCAUAUGAAAGUCACAUUUGAAAAUUUUAAUUAAUACAUACGGUUAAAUCAAAUAUUUUUAUUAUUUUAGAAAAAUUAUAUUUUAAAUAAAAAAUCUAGAAAUAUUUUUUUUAUAACUUAAUAAUUCUAUAAAUUAAUAAAAUAUUAUAGUUCCAACAUUAUUAAUUUAUAGAAUUUUUAUUGUAUAUGAUGCAAUCACAAAAAAAAAUGUGAAUUAUGGAUAUCGAUGAAUGUGUGUUUCGGUAAACAAAAAUUCCACAACCUUAUCAUUAGGCCAUAACUAAAGUUUAUAUAGUCCGAAAUUCCGAAUAGAUUCUUCUUACAGCUAAAGAAAUUAACAAUGGACAAAUAUGUCACAUUUACGUAUCUAAAACAUAUCUCAACUACAGACAAUAUCGAAUAUAUCAAUUUGAUAUUUGUAUUUAUAAUUUUGGUGAUGGAGAUCAAUAUUAUUUUAUAACUACUAUAGUCAACACUAAUUUUAUAUUGUUAUUAAUGGAUACAAAUGUGAUAACCCAAAUCUUUUUCAAAUCAAAAUAUCUUUCACCGGCGGGAUAAUGAUAAGAUCAUGGGGAUUUUCUGAUUAAUUCAAUAUUAAAUUGUUUGGAGUUAUGGGCACUUGUAUAAUAACAUCAUGGUCACUUGUAUAAUAUCAUCUCAUUGAGUAUAUUCCAAACAUCCUAAUAACACGACCAUGUUAAUAUUAAUGAGUUAGUUUAGAAAUCAGGAAAGAAUAGAGAAGUAACUAGACAACCAGCAGAUCUUAGUAAUGAUAGUGGAAACCAAUAAAAAGGCCAUCCGCAAGAAAAAUGGGGGAAUAUGUAGCUUGUUAAUUUUCAAUAUACAAAAAAUAAUCAUUUGGUAUUAUACACGUCAAAACUGUAUCUAAAAAUUUUAAUCUUCAAAGUUAACAUAUAUGUAUAGAGCCGUUAGACGUACACAUUGUUUAAAAUAUUUGGUUUGUUUGAUUUUACACAAACAAAACCCUUUUGUUAUAUACAUAAACCAAACUACUAUUGUCGGUUGUCAAAUCGUCUAUGUAAUCUUCCUAUAUCAUAAUUGUAAGAUCAUAAUAAAUCAGUGUUAAAAAAAAACCAAACUACUAUUUUCUGGACAUGUACGUAGCUCUUGAAAUAUAUAUAAACAAGGUUAAAAGCCGUACUUUCGUGGAAUGAACAUUCAAUAUACAAAUUUUUUUACUUACACUGUUAUUUAUUUUGCAUUUUCACAUAUCAUAAAAUAUAUAAAAUAAUAAAUAUAUAUUAAAUAAUUGAGAGAUAAGUAACUAUUAUAUAUAAUUAAAUAGGCACAUACACAUUAAUCAAAAUAAACCUUUUUUAAUGAUAAAUAAACCAAAAAAAACAUAUUUACUUAUUUUAUAUGCUAUAUAGUUAAAUUUAAAUGAUAUUAAUAUACAUAUAUAGUAUACUUUUAAUAUGGUUAUAUAUUAAAUAAGACUAUGAUUUUAUGAUCAUUUGUAUUUUUAUAACAAAAAAGUGUAUAUUGCUGAAAACAAAAUUUUAAUGUGGACUUUUAAAAUUUUAUAAUUGUAUUUAAAAAUUCAAUGCAAAUUGCAGAAGCAAAAUAUUAAGUUCCAAUACUUGUUCAAUGAAACUUUAAGAACUAAAAUAUUUAUUUUUAUAUGGUAUAUAAUUUAACUUAAACAAUGUUAAUAUAUAUAUAUAUACUUUUAAUAUGAAUAUUUAUUAAAUGGGAAUUCUGUUCAUAUAGUUUUAUUAUCAUUUGUAUCUUGUUAUAACAAAAAUUUAAACUAUUGAUUACAAAUUUUUAAAUGUGAAAUUUUUAACAAUUUUAGUAAUUUAAAGUCGCUUUUUAAAUUCAAAAUAUAACAUAUUGAAUAAAACUAAUUUUUUUGAUAUGGUGAAUAUGGUUGUUUAAUUUAUUUUAAUAAUAUAAAAUUAAUAAAAAUGAUGAAAGAUAUAAAAGUUGCUACCAAAUUUUUAUUACUCAAAACGAUUAACUGCAAUAUAUAUUUUGAUCAUAUUAGGUAAUUUCGUAGCUUUUAUUUAAGGAAAAAAAUAAAAAAAUAUCAUUUUAUACAUUAAUAAUUAAAUUAUGAUUAGUAUAAUGAAAACUACAGUAUAUGUUUAGAUAUAUCAAUUUAAUUUUCUAGUAAUUCUAAGAAUUAUUCUUGUAAUGACAUGUGUUAUAGGUAAAAAAUGUUAAUUUUUUUAAUAUAUAAAAUUGUAAUUCCUUUUUUAAUAUAUAAAAUGGUAAUUUUUUUUUUAAUAUAUAAAAUGGAUAGACUAUUCCCAUAUGAAACAAUUCAGUGCACAUUUUUUCUAUGCGAAUCAAUGCAUAUGCUUGAAAGAUUAAUAUUAAAAUUAUCUUUAACGAAUUUGAAUAAAAUUAAACGAACACAAAUGCUUCGUGGAGCAUAAAUGAAUAAUUAAGAACCCACAAAAAGAAUCAAUAUUUUCUUUGAUUAUGACAAAGCAGCAAAACAACACUAACUGCAUUAUUUUUGUCUACAACUCCAACAAGGGAGGUGGGUUGGACCCUGUUCAUAAAAGUGUUUUGGAUAUUUAUUACAGUGUCACAAGUUAGUGACACUGAAUACGGACGAGUGACGACUGACGACUGACUAAAUAGCUAAAGGUCCUGUUAAGGGCAUGGCAUGAUUAACUUCGGUUUCUUAGCCGGAGUUCUUAAUUCUUGAUUUAACAUUUUUUUGUUUUUUAUUUUUUUACACUUUUCGGCUAAGAGACAGCUCUUAUAUAUAUUUUAUUUAAAAGACGGUUUUUAGAUUUUCUUAGUUAAAAUAUAAGAAUAGUUAAGAACCGUCUCUUAUCCGAAACUAAAAAUUCUAAUUAAAAGAUUGAAGUUAAUCAUGGUCUAAAAGCAUCAUUAUCUACCUUAACUAUUAUGCACAUAUUAUAUUACUAUUAUUAAGUAAUUUAAAUAAAGUUUAAACAAAAAUGAACCAUUGAAAUGGUAACACAUAUGAAAAAGUUUCUCUAGCUACUGUUAUAAGUUUUUUCUUGCCGGUACGUCUCUCCACUUUUUCUUGCUUCUCUCCUCGUUUUUUUAUUUCUUUUUAUUAUUUUAUAAGAAUAGAGCUCCUAUCAUGAGAUAUCAUAGUAUUCACUCAACAUUGCAUUUCCAAAAAUUGUGUUUAUUUUUAUUUUUAUUUUUGAGAAAAAAUGUGUUUAUUUAUUGUACCCAACUUUUGGGGUUUCUUACCGAACCCAACGGUUUUCUUUUAUUUUUCCUUGUUCUCACACAUAUACCUAUCCUUCUUAGCUAACAAUAAAGCAAUACAAAAAAAAAGAGAAAUCAGUAAUUUUAACUUUUAGGUUUUAUUUUUAUGAGUCUUAGAUAUUUUAUUCUAUUUUUUAAAAGUAUUCUUUAAGAGUAUCCUCUUUCAAUAAAUAAAACAGCAAGUAAAGGAAAAUUAUAUGAAGAUUAUGCUACUUAUGUUAUCAUUAAGAACAUUCACCAAGUUUUCAUAUACGUUAUUAUGUUGAAAAUUUAGUCUGCUACGCGAAUCAACUUUGAAGAAAACAAAAAAAAGAUCAAAACGAAUUGAGGCAAAUACCUCUUUAAGAUUUCUUAUUAUGUGAAUUGAAUAAUCUUAUAAACUCUUAGAUCUGUAUUUAUAACAGCUUUAAAAACCCGAUUUUCAUUCUCUAUAGGAAUACAUACUUAUUUAUAGAAAAUAAAUUUCGCUUUUACUUAUACAAUUUAAGACACAUCCAGAUGCAACAAUAUAUUGUGCGCAUGAUAGAAAUACGACUAAAAAAAAUAAACUAUCUAUCUAUUAUUUUUUUUUGAUGUUCGAUUCUUUUCAUUUUAUAUUUUUUUUUCAUUAUAUACUGUUCAACUGACAUAGACAUACCAAUCAAAUAUAUCUAAUGUACUUUAUAUUUCACAAAAAGUGAUUCAUGAACCUAAAUAUGUUUCAACUGAAGUGGUUUUUAUAUUUUUAGUGUAGGACUAAAAUUCCUUAUACCAUUAUAAUUUUGAAGUGUUUUUGAUUAUUAGGUGAAUUGUUUUAACUUAUAAAAUAAAUAAUAUUUUGUGAUUUAAUCUGUAUGCAGCUUUUUGACACAUUAUUUGCUGUGAAGUAGAAAGAGUAUAUAAUUAGUUAAUUCUUCUUCACCUCCAAAUUCUCGUAGCUUACCAAUUCUUCUUCGACUCCACGUGCACGUCUUUACUAGUGUUUUACUGAUUAAAACUAAAUAAAUGGAAUAAGAAGUAUGGAAUAAGAGAAUGGAAUGUAGUUAAAAAAUGAAAUAGAUUCGUUCCAUUUAUUUCAUAUCAAAAUUGUUUUGAAAUAUUUUGUUUUGUAUUUUGUUUAGAUUGUUUUUUGAAUUAAUUGAAUGAACAUUUCAUGUUAACAAUUCACGUUAACCGGUAAAUUCUGUUAUAGAAUCAAUAAAAUUGAUCAUUCUAAAUCAUUCCCAAAAAAUGAGUAAUCCAGUUGCAACCUGAAAUCUUUUUCAAUAUACAUUUUUUUUUUGGACAUACCAAUUCAACUGUUUUUGUUCUUACAUGCUACACCUGUACGUCCUUCUUAACUUACCAAAAGACAAAAAGAGAGCAGAAACAAAAUGUUCACCUGACUACUAAACAAUUGUCUAUCUGUUCUAAUACUUUACGCCUAGGACGUGUUUCGAGUAAAAAACAAACAAACAAUCCUAUGGGAUAUCCUCAUUCCUCAUCACAAUAAAUAAACACCGUAGAACAUUAAAGAAAAAAUACAUGAUCAAGUUCAAGAUCCAGUCUGUCAUAAAUACUUUUCUAUAGUUACAAAAGAAAAAAACUUUUCUAUAAAUACCAUAACGUGGAAGUAUCAAUCUCAUAAUUUCCACGACGCAAUCACUAACAAUCUCCUUAGAGGAGAAAACAAGAAGAUGAUGUUUUACUAUGUGAUUGUUCUCCCGUUGGCUCUCUUUCUCUUAGCUUACAAAUUCAUAUUCACCUCCAAAACGCAGCGUUUCAACCUCCCGCCUUCUCCGCCUUACUCUCUCCCCAUCCUCGGCCACCACCACCUCCUCAAACCCCCGGUUCACCGCCUCUUCCAACGCCUCUCGAAAACCCACGGCCCAAUAUUCUCCCUGAGAUUCGGCUCCCGCCGCACCGUCGUGAUCUCCUCCUCCUCACUCGCAACAGAAUGCUUCACGGGCCAAAACGACGUCCUUCUAUCAAACCGCCCUUGUUUCCUAACUGCAAAGUACGUCGCAUACAACUACACAACCGUCGGAACCUCUCCUUACGGCGACCACUGGCGCAACCUCCGCCGCAUAUGCUCCCUCGAAAUCCUCUCCUCGAACCGUCUCACCAACUUCCUCCACAUCCGUAAAGACGAGAUCCGCCGCAUGCUCACGCGCCUCUCACGUGAGGUGGCCAACAAAGAGAUCGAGCUGGAACCGCUCUUGUCCGACCUAACGUUCAACAACAUCGUGAGGAUGGUCACGGGGAAGAGAUAUUACGGAGACGAGGUCCAUAACGAGGAAGAAGCGAAUCUUUUCAAGAAACUCGUCGCCGACGUUAACGAUUGUAGCGGUGCGAGGCAUCCCGGAGAUUACUUGCCUUUCCUCAAAAUAUUCGGAGGGAGCUUUGAGAAGAAAGUGAAAGCUGUUGGAGAAGCCAUGGAUGAUAUCUUGCAGCGUUUGCUCGAUGAGUGUAGAAGAGACAAAGACGGUAACACUAUGGUCAACCAUUUGCUCACGUUGCAACAACAAGAGCCAGAGUAUUACACUGACGUCACUAUCAAAGGCCUUAUGCUGGGCAUGAUGAUCGCCGGAACAGAUACCUCCGCUGUGACACUAGAGUGGGCGAUGGCGUGUUUAUUAAAUCAUCCAGAGUCAAUGGAAAAAGCAAAACAGGAGAUCCACGAGAAAAUCGGACAAGACCGUUUGAUCGACGAACCAGACCUAGCGAACUUGCCUUACCUUCAAAACAUAGUGUCGGAAACAUUUCGGCUAUACCCUGCCGCACCGCUUUUGGUGCCGAGAUCACCGAUGGAAGAUAUCAAAGUCGGAGGAUACGACGUGCCACGUGGCACAAUGGUAAUGGUGAACGCAUGGGCUAUACACAGAGAUCCAAGUCUCUGGAGCGAACCGGAGAAGUUUAAACCGGAAAGGUUUAACAGCGGAGGAGAAGACGUUCAUAAGCUGAUGCCGUUUGGUAAUGGAAGGAGAUCGUGUCCUGGAGCAGGACUAGGGCAAAGGAUCGUGACGUUGGCGUUAGGAUCAUUGAUUCAGUGCUUUGACUGGGAAAAAGUCAACGGCGAAAAGAUCGAUAUGACGGAAACUCCGGGGAUGGCAAUGCGUAAGAAAGAGCCUUUACGUGCCUUGUGUCGUUCUCGGCCCAUUAUGAAUAAACUUCGGGCCCAUUUAGAAGGUGCAUGAAUGCUCGAACGAAUGGAAUAAUCUGCGUUUUGCCAUGUUAGAAUGCUCUCUAAUGCAUUGAAAAUUUUGUUGGUUUAAGGUGCUGUGCACACAAAAUGCUUCUUUUAUUAUGAGUUUUGAUACUAAAAACUCUUCUGUGUUCUCUUAUAUUUGUAUUCUUAUUCUUUUUUUGUUCUUUGGUGUUGGGAUGCUAUGUUUCUGAGCUAGCUAUUUAUAUAUUUUAAUAAAAAAAUCUUUUAUGGUGAUACAUUCAGAGUUGAGCCUUUCUUUUACAUUUUUCCUUAGAAAAGAAUCCGAAAUAGUAAAGAAGUAUGUACAAAAAUCGUGGAUCCAAGUGAAAAUGCAUUGUUGGUACCCCUCUCUGGCUCUCUAUGCCAACUUGUUUUUGCCAUCUUUAGUUUAGGCUAAGUUAAUCAAAAUUCUACGAGCCCAUGCAUGUAAAAGUUAGGAUAAGAUAUAUUAAACAUUUAACCUAAUGUUGCUUGUAAAGUUUUGUUUAGAAUAAUAUUUUUUAAAAAUCUUAUGGAACGGAAGAAAUAUUUAAAUUCUACGCAAUGAAUAAUCUAGUGGGUAUCUGGGAAUGUUUUUAACGAAAUGUAGAAUGUUUACUUUAGUAUCCAAGUUCGUUUGAUCGUUUUCUCAUUUAUUCUCGAACAUGUUCCCUUUCGGUGUCAUAUCUCAUAAUCAAAAAAUAAUUUUUACGAGGCUUUAGUGUUAGUAACUCUAGCUUAAACCUAACAAAUUGGUAUCAAAAGAAGCAAGGGUCCAUCAAUUCACUCGUCACGCCUUCUUAAAGAUUACAAUGGAAUUUUUUUUUGACGGAAAAAGUGAUUUAUAUCUAGAAAAAGAAUAUGUUGGCACAUUUCUGAAGUCUUGGGAUUUGCUAUGUGGUUUGAAAAAGAAGGAUAAUAUGAAGUUGCAGAAACGACUACAAAGUUGGUGGGGAAACCAUCUAGCAAACUCUUUGGAACAAAGGAAAGGCUAGAUCUACCAUUAUUUUUGACAUCUGUUUUAAGACCCAGUUAGUAAAAUAAGGGUGUUGGAUUCUCUUCAUGUAAAAGUCAGUCAAACUAGGAUUCUCGGCAUCAAAUUCUCAAUCAAGAUUUGAUUUCACCAAAUUCAAGCCCUCUCUUCCGUUAAAUAUUGCGGUUUUCUGCUACAUCCUCGAAGGUAGUAAACCGGUUCUUACGGUAAAAAGAUUUCAUCACUAUUGAUUAGGGUCGACUCCCGUAUCUGGUCUCAUUGGUACGAUUCCCCUUCAUAGUCCAUUCCCACAAAGAUCGAAUGGAGUAUGAUGUUUUGGGUUCUAGAGUUUGUCUUUUGGGCUGCUUGGGUUAUAGGUUUGGUGUUGGACUUUUGGGCUAUUUAAAAAGAUUAUUCUCUUUGAUUUUCUCCUUUCAGAAUUAUGCUUUGUAGACUUAAUAGUCUGUGUUAAAAAAGACCCUUAAUAGUCAAUAGAUAUUUGAAACUUGUUGACCCAAUGUCGAAUUUGAUGAUUUUUUAAUUAUUUUCCUAAAUGAAAUGGUAAGCAAUUCUAUUUGAGAAAAUUUGAUUCCUAAUUUGGAUUUACAGGAUAAUUUUUUGAAAUGAAAAUUAGUAAACACCCAUUACUUAGGUUAGACUAGAUCUUUUUCAACUAUUUCUAUUACACUAAUAUACCUGCUGUGUUAUUAUAUUCUGAGAUUUUUGUUUUGUUCAAAAUAUAUCCUGAGAUUAGAAUUGCUAAACUAAAUGAUGCAGUCUUGUUGUCCAAAAAAAAAUGACGCAGUCUUGUUUAUCAGUUUGAUAACCUUUUAUAAGGAUUCUAACUGGAGCUUAACUUUGAUCGCUAGCCGUGUUAUAUUGAUGGAUUAGUUGCAUACUCAAAUACUUUUUCCAUUCCAAUAUGAUACAUAUUUUAGACUUUCACACAUAUUAAUAAUACAUGUAAUAAAUGCAUAAUUUUUUGUGAUUAUAUUUUUCUAAUCAAUCUAAACCAAUAAUAAUUUAAUAAGUACAAUUAAUUUUUUAAAAAAAUUGUAUUAAUCAUUAUUAAUUGACAAAAUAUGCAUUGAAAAUACAAAAAAAGAAUCUUUAAAUCUAGAAAGCGUUUGUGGUCUCCACGGUUAUUAAAAAAAAAAUCUUCCUACCAGACUUUUUUUUACAUCUCUUACUAAACAAAAGUAACAACACCUCUUACCAAAAAAGAAGAAGAAGAAAGCAACAACACUUCGACUGCAGCGAGUAUCAGUAUUCUAUGUGUAUUAUCCGCACGUUUCCCAUGCAAGAUUCAGAUCUGUCAACUAUCUCUACUCUAACUAACCAUACACAGUUACACAAAACAACGAAGAUUUCAACUUUUAUGUCUAAUAAAGAAAAUUGGUGUAUAACAUGGAUGGACCAUUUCAUUUAUCAUUAAUUAGUUUAAGAUUAGAAGUCCAUCUAAACUAACAUGGUGAAAUUUUAAUUUUACGUCAAACAAAAAUGAUUGGCGUACAAGAAACAAAUUUUCCACAUCGAUAGUUAGAAAUAAUCUUUACUAAUAUAUAAGAUAGAUAGACUACUAAUUAAUACCCGUUAUGUUUUGAUUUUGGGAAAUUUUUGUCGGGCUUGUAAUUGAACCUCAAUAUCCGUUAUCGGGAUGAUUAAUAUAUAUUUUUAAUUUUUUUUAAAUAAAAAAAAAGAUAGAUAAACCACUACAUUUAUCACUGAUUGAUUUUAGGUUGAAAAUUCAUCAGACUUAACAUGAUGCACAUUUUAAUAAAACUACUAUUUAUGUUUAUUUUUUCAAAUUAACUUUUCAAUUUCUUUUAGACCUCAAAAUCAGUCUCUAAUAAGUAGUGCAAACUAUAAUUUUUGACACACUUGCAUUGCUUUGGAAAUAUUAUUGCAUUCAGUAGUUAAGAAGAUAUAAUAUAAUAUUAAUAUAUUAUGAAUAUAUUAUUAAGGAGCUUUGUUCGUAUUCUCUCAAAGAGAGAGAAAAAGCAAAAAACGUAGUGGGUCAGCUGACCAUGCUACCUCGUGUGUGUGUCUGCGCCCCUGGCUAAGCUUCGAUAUCGGGAACACGUGAUUUACGUGUUGUGACUUGUGAGGUAUGAUAGCAAAAUUUAGUGUUACAAAAAAAGAGAGGUAUGAUAGCAUAAUUUAUAAUAACAUUAAAAUCUAGUCUACAUCGCUAAAUGGUUGGUUAGUUGGAGAAGAGUAAGAUGAUCCUGUGAAUAUCCAUUUCUUUGAAGUAAAAGCCGAUUGGAAUCAGUUAAAAAAAAAAUAUAGUAUCAAUAAACAAAAAAUAGAUGGUUCCGAGAGCAUUAUCAAUGAUGAAAUACCCAUUAGAAAUAUCUCACAAGUAUAAUAUUAAUAGUUUUAAUUUCAUUAGCUAAAUAAUUAAAUUUAAGAAUAAAAAGUUUUGUUAUAGUAUCUAGUGGAAUUUCUGAAAGAAGAACCGAUUUUAGUAUAUUUCUUCAUUUUUAUUUCUAAAUAUAUUAAUAUCUAGAUAUUUGGUGAAAAUUUUAGUCGUGAAUGUUUUAGAAAUUAUUUGUGUAUUGUAUCAAAUAAAACAAAGAUAAAAUGGUCAAAAAUAAUGUAAAAGUGGUAGUUUAUUGUAAAAGAUUUAUGAUAUAAUAUAAAUCUUCUGAAUUUGAUUUUUACUAGAAACAAAAAAGUUACUAUUUGAUUAGUCUAAAUUUUGGCUUCGCCUCAUACACUAUAAAGUAUAAACAAUGCGGCUAUCAUUUAGGAUUAGUCAAAAUAAUGUUUCAAACUUGGAUUAUACAAUAAUAUACUUGUUGAUAAAAAAAACUUCGUUCAGUUUGUAAUCGAAACCCAUUAGACCAGCUAAUAAAGCAUAUAUAAAAGGUCAGAGAUUUCGUUAUUUACCCUGGUAAAAAUCCUUGCUUUAAAUGGUUUUCUUUCGUCGGCCGAUUUCCUCGUUUUCAUAUAUUAUUAAAAUAUUUAUUUCUUUACUAAUUUGGUAAGUUUUGUGGAGAUUUAUACAUCUUUAAGUGAUUUUGUUGGAUUAAUUCCAAACUGCGAAUUUUAAGAAUUUUUUUUUUGAAAAUCUACGCACUAUUCAUAGCUGACUCCUUCUGGCUUGUACUGUAUAAGAGAAUACUCAGACAUACUCCAUUGUCAUUUGCUUAUUCAGCCGCACAGAACUACUUUUUAUUAAAAGUAUAACUAUAUAACUAUAUCCAUACUCCAUUGUCAUUUGCUUGGGCCGAGGAUUUCCGUCAAGCUUCGUUUAUCUAGUAUUUACCACAUUUUAGUCAGAACUUUUAUCGUUCUUAAUUCACACCAACGACGCAUUAUAUAUUUUUCUUUAUUAUUUUAGUAAAACGUGUACCAUGCUUAUUAAUCGUGAUAAAUUCAAAUGAUUUCAAUAGUUAUCAUGUUAUUAUGAUGAAAAUAAUAUUUACGCCAGUACGGCUUUUACUGAAAGACACCGCAGAAAAUGAAAAGCAAUUUCAAACGUAAAAGGAUAACAUGUUUAAAAACCAAUUUACACC